AUGGCGGUGAAUAACUCGGCGAUGUUAAUAGUUUAUCUGUUUGCCAUCAUCACUACUACUGUUGUUGUUGCUGAAGAUCCAUACAGAUUUUUCAGCUGGAACAUUACAUACGGUGACAUUUAUCCACUUGGUGUUCGCCAACAGGGUAUACUUAUCAAUGGCCAAUUUCCAGGUCCAGACAUUCAUUCUGUUACCAACGAUAAUCUCAUUAUCAAUGUCUUCAACAACUUAGACGAACCCUUUCUCUUAUCCUGGAAUGGAAUCCAACAGAGAAGGAACUCAUAUGAAGAUGGUGUGUUUGGAACAACAUGUCCCAUUCCUCCCGGAAAUAACUUUACUUACAUACUUCAAGUCAAAGAUCAAAUUGUUCCAUUUGAUGACCCUGCUGGUGAUUACACUCUCCUUAUUGGAGAUUGGUACAAAUCCAAUCACACUGACUUGAAAGCUCAACUUGAUAAUGGUAACAAGUUGCCUUUCCCUGAUGGCAUCCUCAUCAAUGGUCGCGGCUCUGGAGGUUCAUCUUUCAAUGUCGAGCAAGGAAAGACUUACAGGCUUAGAAUAUCAAAUGUGGGCUUGCAAAAUUCUCUCAAUUUUCGCAUUCAAAACCACAAUUUAAAACUUGUAGAAGUCGAAGGAACACACACCCUUCAAACCACAUACUCAUCCCUUGAUGUUCAUGUUGGUCAAUCAUACUCGGUUCUAGUUACCGCAGAUCAACCAGGCGCAGUUUCAGGCCCACCUCCUGGCGGACCUACUAUCCAGAUUGACUGGUCCUUGAACCAGGCCCGCUCCAUCCGGACAAACUUGACAGCAAGUGGACCAAGACCAAAUCCUCAAGGAUCAUACCAUUAUGGCAUGAUAAACACAACCAGGACAAUCGUACUUUCGAGUUCGGCUGGACAAGUUAAUGGAAAGCAAAGAUACGCGAUUAACAGUGUGUCUUAUAUUGCCCCCGACACUCCUCUUAAGCUAGCUGACUUCUUCAAGAUAUCAGGUGUUUACCGUCCAGGAAGCAUCUCUGAUGGACCAACCGGCGGCGGUAUAUACACAGACACUUCUGUUAUGCAAACUGACUACAGAGCAUAUGUAGAGAUAGUUUUCCAAAAUAAUGAAGACAUUCUUCAGAGCUAUCAUCUUGAUGGCUACUCUUUCUUUGUGGUUGGCAUGGAUGGAGGACAAUGGACAAGUGAUAGCAGGAAAGAGUACAAUCUUCGAGAUGCAGUUUCGCGUUGCACAACUCAGGUAUAUCCAAAAUCAUGGACUGCUAUACAAAUUCCGCUUGACAACGUGGGAAUGUGGAACUUGAGGUCUGAAUUUUGGGCAAGGCAAUACCUUGGGCAACAGUUUUAUUUGCGUGUAUACACAGACUCAACAUCACUGAGAGAUGAAUAUCCUAUUCCUAAGAAUGCAUUACUUUGUGGUAGGGCUACCGGAAGACAUACUCGUCCUCUUUGA